UGGUAGUAGCAUGAUAGUAAUCAGAGCCUCAUUGGGUGAUCCUGGAUACGUUGAUUGGACUAUACCUCCGGAUGGUAGUAAUGUAUGUAUCAAAUGUACCGGGUCAUGGAAGCCGUUAAGAGCACAUCACUGUAGCCGAUGUCAGAGAUGCGUAUACAGGAUGGAUCAUCAUUGUAUAUGGAUUAACAACUGUGUAGGGUAUAAGAAUCAGAAGCUAUUCAUAUUAUUCUUAAUAUACGUAA